AUGACGAGCGACGACCAGUUCUUCUUUGAUUAUCUCGCCUCGAUCCCAAAUGACGUAAAGCGAUACUCGGCUCAGGUCGCGGAGGCCAUCGACCGUCAUGUCGACCACGCUGCGUUAGUAGUUCGAGACGCGCUUUCGCGCUACUUUCCCGAUGCUAUCAGGCCAACUACGAAUGAGAUUCAUAUUCUUCGCCCCCCUCCUCCCCGAUCGCUGGGUGAGCGCAUAUACGACUGGAUGGUGCGGAAUCGAGCAUGGACCGCUGCGAUCAUAGCUUUCUUCGGGACCGGCAGCCUUCUGGUACUUGGCAGUAAAGCCCUUGAAACGAGGAAAAGAAGAGCCAAGAGAGCGGGUAAUGGCGCACGAAAGGAGAUAGUCGUUGUCGCUGGGUCUCCUCACGAGCCCAUGACGAGGUCGAUAGCCGCUGAUCUCGAACGUCGCGGCUUUAUUGUAUAUGUGACUGUCUUCUUUGAAGAGGAGGAACACAUUGUUCAAUCAGAGAACCGAUCGGAUAUCCGGGCUCUACAUCUCGACUUGACGACAACGCCGUCGUCGCCCUCUGGGAUCCAUCCUUCUCUUAAUACGAUACACUCCCUUAUUAGUCAACCGCAAUACCCCAUCCCCGGGGUUCAACCACACACCUGCCAACUCAGUGGCUUAAUCCUUCUCCCUUCUUUAAAUUAUCCGACAGGACCAGUACCCACCAUCCCAGCAUCAAGCUGGGCGGACACUGUCAACACGCGUCUCCUAACGCCAAUAUUGAUAACACAAAUGUUCCUUCCUCUUCUUACUCACCGGAAUACCAGCAGCACCAUCCUUUUCCUCUAUCCGUCGAUCUCAUCCUCCCUCUCAGCACCAUUUGCGGGGCCUGAAGUCGCGGUGACGCGCGCGCUCUCAGGCUUUGCUACUUCACUCCGUCAAGAAUUGCGUUUGCUGCAAUUUUCUAAUGGCUCGCCAUGCAAUAUUGAUGUCGUCGAGUUGAAGCUCGGCAAUAUCGAUCUUGGCCCUCAGUAUCGAUCGGCGCAUGGCCAGGUUGCUGGCACUGAUAUCUUGUCAUGGAGUCCACAGCAGCGGGCUUUGUAUGGUCCAUCAUACAUGUCCAGCAUUGAGCAGAGGCCAGUCGCGUCGGCCGGACCCAGCGCAAUCCGAGGGUCGCCAGCGCGAAAUCUGCACUAUGCGAUUUUCGACUCUUUGGCUCCCGCGCCAAAAUCUAUCUUUGGCAAGAAGAAGCGAAAGAAGCCUGUCGUGUACGUUGGACGCGGCGCCCGUACGUACGGCAUCAUCGGAGAUUGGGUUCCUAGCAGCCUGGUUGGGUGGAUGCUUGGGCUUGGAAAGCCUCGCCACUCCGUUGCAAGUUCGGAUGGUUCAGGAAGCGGCACUAGCAGCGAGACCGGAUGGGAAAAGGUCUAA